UGUAUUGCCAAUGGUGUGUCCUAUGAAAAGAUUGCUCAAGAAGGAUGCAACAUCAGCUCCCUGGAGAUGUUCUUCUCUGGUUUCCCCCGGAUGGUCGGUCUUAACUUCUUCCCCAGACUCUGUCAGCUCACCAUAGUAGGCCAGAGCAUAAAUCACAUUGAUGGACUCGAGUGCUGUACUCUGCUUCAGGAGCUCUGGGUAGUCCAGUGCAAUCUGACAGAAAUAUCAGGGGUACAGAAUUGUCAGCAACUAAAGAAACUCUAUCUUUAUAACAAUCAUAUCAGUGAAAUAAAGAACUUACAGAUGCAGGGGGACCUAGAAGUCCUGUGGCUCAACAAUAACUGCAUAAGUCAGAUACAGGGCUUGAACUCGCUUCACAAUCUUAAAGAACUUAACCUUGCGGACAACAACAUUGAAAAGAUCGGGCACGGCCUUGACCCUAAUGUCAGCCUUCAGAAUCUUAAUAUCUCCGGGAACAAGAUCAGCUCCUUUAAGGAGCUGACCAUGAUCGCCCACUUACCCCAUAUGAAAGAACUGGCACUGAAAGACCCCACGUCCACCCCAAACCCAGUGUGUCUGCUGUGUAACUAUGCCACACAUGUUCUGUACCACAUGCCAGGCCUCCAGCGACUUGACACCUACGACGUUUCGAGCAAGCAAGUCAAGGAAGCAGCUGAGUCCACAGUAAUGAAGAAAAUGAUGUACUACAACAUGCGCGUCCGUACUGCUCAGAGGAACCUGGCAGAGACCCGGCUCAGUUUAAAGGAGAGGAAGAGAAAUAUGUUGCAGUUACCGGAAGAAUGCAUCAGAACAAUCAAUCACACCCUAAAGAAUCUUGAAAAGGAGCUCUCCAAAUUGCCGGCUGGUUGUCCAGGUGACAGACGUGACACACCCACCGACAUCAGUCAUGAUCCCACUAUGGAGCGCAAAAUAUUGAGCAAGAUUGAAGCACUGAGAGAGAGACUGUUGAUAUGGACGAGGAGAAUAGAUGAGAUCGAGGCCCGGUUCCAGCGAGAUAUUUCCCAAGCCAGAAACAUGAUGGAAUAUACUGUGAAGUUUCUGUUGAUGGAGCUAGAAAGUGUUGGAAAUAUUCGUUUGGAGGAGGGCUGCACCACAGACCCUUGGUUUACUUCCUGUUGCGACCUCCUGCUUUCACGCUUCUCUCUUUCAGACUUCAGGGUUCAUGGCAUCACUGGUCUUAAGAUCAGUAAAGUUAUACGCAUCCACAAUAGCGCUUUGAGGCUUCGCGUCGAGGACAAAUUUCACAACCUACUAACAAGCAAAGAGUCGACUAACUUUUCACAGAAUUACAGACGUCGGCUGGAGCACUUGUUCUACGCAGCUGAUCCUGAAGGAAAUAAUGAAAAGGAAGACAUUUUGCACGUUCUCGAGGAAGGCUUCGAAACAUCCAAACAAAAUAAGUCCUUGGAGAUAGAGGGUGCUAUACCUUUAUCCAACAGCCUGUUUGUGACUGAACAGCCCAGAAUCCAACACACACUGAGUCAGGCCAGCCGAGGCGAGCCCAAGCACAGUACAGAUAUGAUCCCCUUUAGGCAUGGUAAGAUUAUUGUUUCCAAAGUGUUUGUGGGCCACAGCACGCCUUUCAGGGAGGGAGAACCAGUAGACAGAAACAGCUAUCCCAGAGCGUACUCUGUUUAUCGCAAUGUGGACGCUAAGCAUAGAAUUGCUUUGAGUGAAGAGAGCCCUCGUUCCUCAAAAACACACGCUGGUCCUGACUGCAGUCCCCGACAAAGACAGUGGUUUGUGUUUGACCAUGAGCUCAUCCUGCCGGAGUACAUCAUUUAUUUUGAAUACACCACUGGGGAUGGAGAACAUCCUGCACUGCCAGGCAAUGGUACAGGCACAAAUAAUACUCCUUCAAACGAUAUCAUCCUGGACAAGGAAGUCCAUAGCAUGGAGCCCGUGUUAAAGCCUCAGCCAAAGCUGUUGAGUUUGGAUGACAAAGUUUUGCUUAAUGUGGCCAGAGCCAAUGUCCUCAGUCAGAUCACUGUGCUGAACCUUCAUGGCAACAGUCUUAGUAAAAUUAAGGAGAUUUCCCAUCUCACAGCUCUGCGGCAUCUCACCAUCAGCUUCAAUGAGUUCACACAUCUGGACGACAUUUCUCACAUGCCCAACCUUGAGUUUCUGGACACCAGCUAUAACCGCCUGGCAACCUUAGAGGGGCUGAGGGGGUUGGGGCAGCUUAAACAACUCGAUGUGCGCUGGAACAAGUUGACCAAGGCCAGAGAGGAUACAGCUGUGCUCAGAAAACACACACCAGCUCUACUGAGGCUUGACACCCGGUAUAACCCCUGGAACAAGCCUGAAGCAGUAAGGAAGACUGUACUGGGCCGUCUGACGACCCUCACACACCUGGACAAUGUGAUGGUGACAGAGGAGGAGGCUGCUGAGGCUGUUCACAUGGCUGCUGGAUCCAAAAUGAACCAGGCAUCCCUUCUGGUUCACUCACGUACAAAUGAUGAACGGCCUCGCAGUCUCAGCCUGCUGUCAACAGCUCAGCUCCUAUGUCUACUCAGUCCUGCACAAUGGAGCAUUAACACAGAGCUGGAACCUGACUGGACUGCAAAUAUCACUGCCCUGAACCUUGACAGCCAGAGGAUUUCCAAACUAAUCAGUCUGAAUAAGCUGGUCAACCUGCGCUGGGCCUCCUUUAAUGAUAAUGACAUUUCCAGAGUGGAGGGUCUUGAGAGUUGUUUGAAGCUGGAGGAGCUUUCCAUCAACAACAACAACAUCAGCACACUCAGUGGUCUUUCCAAACUGCGUUGCCUCAAUAAACUGAGUCUAGAUGGGAAUCAGCUGUCUAUCCUGGAUGCCUCCACUCUGGAUCAGCUUCCCAACCUGUCCUUUCUGUCUGUGGAGAACAACACCAUCAGUUCUCUGCAUGGCAUACAGAGAGUUCACUCCCUUCUUGAGCUCUACAUUGGCAACAACCGAAUUUCAACGUCACAGGACAUCUACUUUUUAAAGGGAUUGUCAAAUCUCAUCAUCCUAGAUCUUUAUGGAAAUCCUUUAUUGGAGCGACUGGAAAACUAUCGCAUUUAUGUUGUGUUCCACCUACCCUCCCUUAGAGCUCUGGAUGGCAUUGCUGUCGAGGUAACUGAGUGUGAAAAUGCAAAGGACAUGUUUGGAGGAAGACUAACACCUGACAUGCUAGCAGAAAAGUUGGGCCACUCAAACUACACAGACAUAACCUACCUUACCCUGCAGUCCUGCUCUAUACGGAUGGUGGAUCUGACUCCAGCAGACCUGUUCUGUAAUGUACGCAGUGUCAACUUAGACCACAACAACCUUACCUCUUUCUCAGGCCUCAUCUACCUGCCCAACAUCAAAGCUUUGUGUCUGAACUACAACCACAUUGAGUCCAUCUUCCCCAGACAAAAGACCCAGGCCCAUCUGACAAACAGACAGAUACUCUACAGCAAAGUUCACUCCAGUGGAUAUGGCCAACAGAGCCCAUCCAAAGGCAAAGUGGAAACUGGGCCUACUGGCAGUCUGGAUCCUCUGAUGGGCAGCCUGGAAGUGCUGCAUUUGAGUCACAAUGGCAUCUCCAAUAUGGCCAAUCUGCAGCUCAGCAGGCUCACCAGUCUUAAAGCACUCUUUCUCCAAGAUAAUGAGAUCAGCCAGGUGGAAGGAUUGGAGGGGAAUCACCUGCUCAGAGAGCUUGUGUUGGACAGGAAUCGCAUCAAAGCUCUGGCUGAAAACUCUUUCAAUGCGCAGAGCGUCCUGCUAGAACUGCACCUAGCAGAGAACCGAAUCCGGGAGCUCAACCAUCUGCAUCCUUUAACUGAGCUCCGCAAGCUUGAUCUUGGCACGAACAAGUUGCAGGACAUCACAGAGCUUGAAAAACUAGAUGUUCUUCCUUCGCUGUCGGAGCUCUCUGUUGUUGGCAAUCCCGUGGCCAGAAAUUCUCUCCACAGACCAGCUGUGGUGCUCCGUCUGUCUUCUCUGCAGGUACUGGAUGGUGUGAUGGUCACCUUGGAGGAAAGAACACGGGCUGAACUCUUCAGUGCUGAUCAUUCAUCAUGUUCCCAAUGCCCUGGAGCUUCUCUUCCCACAACUGAGAUCAACCUGCCUGAACUGCGACCUCUUAUACCUCGGAACCCCCCUCUCAGAGCAGUGGGUAUAAGUGGGGCACAACAGAUCUCUAUGCACAGGCACGAUAUCUUACCAACUAAUGUGGAGGAAUCUCAAUUUCAUUACCCAUACACAAACAAGCGGAACAAGAAUGUGAAUGCUCCUCGCAGCAUCCAAACUGACAUUAAUUUCAGACACGGUCGGAGAACAGGAAGCAACCUGCCGACAGCAACUCUCCUUCCUGAUGGAAACAGAGUCAUGAUCAUGUAUCCCAACCUAGAGCAAGACAGCAGAUUUCCAAAUGGUGGCAAAUAUCCUCCACUGUAGCAUCCAGAAGCAGUGGAGCCCUCAACAUCAAAGUAAAAAGUACUGGACAAUCAUUACACAAUCAAGAGGUUAACACACACAACAGCCAUCACUGUGUUGUAGUCUAUAAAAUUAUACCACAUUAUACAUUGAUGAUGGUGUUUUUGUGAGUGUACCUUUAUGUAUAUGAGCAUGGGUUAUUGAAGACGUAGCACAAACUAACUCUCUGUAAACUUGAAACAUUUCCUUUGCUGUUACAUGCCACAAAUCUCUUAGAAGAAAGUCUUAGAUUUAAUUUAAAAUAAAAAAAUAUAGAGAUAGAGAAAAUUAGGUUGAUUGUAAUGCAUCCCUUUCAAAUGCUUACAUAAUGACUUUGACCUUAUUUUCUAUCCACAUACAUGGAUCACUAACUAUGGUAAUCUGAGGAUGAGAGGUUUUGGUGUCAUUUCCUACAGCCAUUCCAUCCUUGGCCACAAACAAGUGGAAAAAAAAAACACUCACAGAUGUAACGGCGUGUAAGGGUGGCAUGCUGCAUCCACUGGGUCAAAUGCAUCCCCAACAAGUGGAUAAUCCAGCUUUAGCACACCUCUCUGUGGACAAUAAUCUGCAGUCGCUCAGAUAAAGAUAUAAUCCUGAACGAGGUCCAAAUGGAUUUCAGAGAUUGUCAGUUUCAUCAUGUUAGCCUCUUUUCCAAAAGCCCAGCACAGUUUUUGACUAAUAGGCAAAUCUGGUGUGUUGUAACUGGAACUGAACCUACUCCACUUGAUAUUUAUGAUCUGAGUUCUGCUCAGCAUGAGAUUGUAAUCCUCUGUGUCUUCCUUUCAGUUUAAAAUAGUAGUUCUGUAGUUAAUAAAAACAUAAAUCUGAGCCUUAAAUGUGGAGGAGAUAUCCUGUAUUAUGUGAUUCAGAGCGUUUUCAUUCUAGGACUUAAAACUGGUUACUAUACAAUAAAAAACUUCAUGUGAACAAGUUAAGAUAGGAAAUGUACAUCCAUAAAUAUUUACAUUUGUAUUGUAAUUGUUCAUUUUAAGAUUAGACGUUUACUUCUCUUAUAAUACAUUCUCCAUAAUGAAUGACACAACAUACACAAAUAAAUUGGGACCCAGUUUUGUACUGUACACAUCAGUAAAAAGUUUUCUUUUUCUCAAUGAAAAUCCUUUCCAGAUAAUAUUUCUUUAAGUAGCAACAUUUUCUGUUGUGUUUAUUCCUUCAACCUGAUGUUGAACUCUAUUGAUCAGUGGCAUCGUCAUGACCACUAGGUGUCCUUAGAGUUCCAUUAGCUCUACCUUUACAUGCUGCAAAACCAAUCCUCAAUGAAUUUACCACAUGCCCUUUAGAUAGUAAUUCUGAAGUUGUAUACAUGCUUGUGUAUACUAUUGUUCAGUGUUCCCGGCUUGUGUAGCCUGAGCUGAACAUGUGAGGCAGCAUCCAGAUCCAGGCAGCAAAAGUUAAAAGCUCUCCCCAAACAAGCUCCUCUAAUGCAUGUACUUAACUUCACUUAAUUUGUGUUAAUUCCCAGCAUUAAGCGGGGCUAAUGACCGUGCAAGUGAGUGCACUGUCAUUACCUUGCUCUGCUUGACAUCAACAGGCAGCUGAUGGACUCACAUAAAAAAACCCUCUAAUGCACAGAUUUGGGGGCUCAGCGAGAGCUCUCUAAUGCAUUAGAUAUUGCAAAGGAUAAUUACAUAUUUUAUGUGUGUACAGUUACUGUAACUGUUUUUAUUGCAGUUGUAUUUAUGUAUAGUGUAAGCUUUUAGCCAGCCUUGUGUUUCAUACAAUAUGCUUCUCUUUGCAUAUAUGCCAGUAUUUUUAACAUUUAAAUGACAUCAGCAUAAAGAUUGUGAAUAAUUCAUCAGUUCUGAGUGAACCCAGAUGCACCACUAUCUCUGCCUAUCUCUCCCACGUCUUGCUUCUCCAUGUGAGCAGACCACAUGGUUCUUAGCUGGUUUAAUGGGAUGGAAUGUGACAGGUUAUGUUUUCAUCAUCCUGAUAUGGAGCCCCGCUCGGGCAGGAGGGAUAGAACAAGAGAGAGGAGAGGCAAAGUGAGUUGGUUUCUUCAGAUGUAGCCUGGAUUCAUAAUUAGACAUGUUUUUUGCUUGUUGUGAAUCAGUUAUAGAUGAUGUUCUUUGCCCCAUCCCCUACAACACACACACACACACACACACACACAUAGACACACAGGAAAACACAUGCUCUGCAUGGGGCCAUUACUGCUGGUCCACUAACUCCCUACAUUUGCUGUGUCUGUGCAUUCAGAGCACCAUUAGUCCAAGACUCUGUGAAUAAUUGCUGAAUGGACCAUGUUUUCUCUGCUGUCUACGCAGGUUCUAGUGUCGGUUGCUGUGUGUGAAGUGAGAGCGAUGGGGACAUUGAUUGAUGUUUGAUGUUGAAGAUAACGCUGCAUGUUGUGCAGUGCUUAUGAAAGCAGUAUGUGUAAUGGAUGAACAAUAUUAAACUCCACAUGCAUUAUACAUUUACCAGGCUGUAUUAACUUUAGAAGCGCUUCAGAAGAGGUUACAAUUACAUACACACCAACACUUGACUUGGAACUGCUCCUGAAAAACUGAAAUGUUCUCUCCACAUCUAGCUGCUGUUGGCAAACAAAUUGCAGGUCCUCAUUGAAACAUAAAUUAUCUUGUUUUUAAAAGGGGCAUAUUAUGUUUUGAGUUUGUUUUUCAUCCCCACAAAUACAUCCUCUUGAAAAACAAUCUUGGCAUAUUGCUUCUCUCGAAAUCUGUCAUCCAGUUAUUGUUGUCGCCUGUCAUUUUCCUUUAAAUUGUUUCCUUUGAGGCUCCCAGGAUUAAAAAGGGAAUAGGAAAACACAGAUGAAAGAAUGUUCUGAGAGUGACAAUUAGAGUGAAUAGGUAAAUGCUUUUAUUUUGUACAGACAUUUUGAAUGAGAGCACACCUCGCUGAAAACAUUACAUUUGAACUGCUAUUUAUUUCUGGUCUUGAAUGUGAUUUUUCACAUUAUUGAACCUGUGCGUCAUUUCUCAUAUUAGUUCAAUCAAACAAAGCAUGGUGCAUGUUUAAAAUGGCAAAAACAAGGCACAAGUAACAAAACAACAGACAAAUACCCAAUUUUGUAAAUGCAGCAGGAAUCAAUUUUCAGAGAAUCGUCAGAUUGUCUGCUGUUAGCAAAUUGAAGCCAAUUUGGUAUCCGCCAUUUGCAUUUGUGUUACUGCUUUAAUGACUCUUAAGUCUUAAUUCAAGCUGAUAUGCUUCAUCCAGUGGCCACACCAGAAAUGGUGAAAUGGUUUUAAAUAAGUGGUGCUAUUGGAAAGAUUACAGGGUGCAAUACAUGUUGUCAUGACUGAUGGGCUCUUCUAUUGUUGUGCGUUAUUCUGCUCUAUACAAAGUAGAAAUUGCUUUUUCAAGACGACGAGGAAACACAAGCCCUGUUGAAGAAUCACAACAACAACAAUUUAAUCUCCUUGGCUCCAGAUUAUUGUCUUUAUUUGUGUUUAUAUUGCAGCCUUUUUAGUUGAUCACUUCAUGAUCCUCCUUUUUGCCCUCCUAAAUUCACCAUAAAUCAACAUUUUGGAGAGGAAGACACUUGAACACAAUCACUCUCAUUAUGUUGAAAUAAUAAAAUACCUCUAGGAUUUUCUCUUUUUUGUAUGAACAACAAGGAUUUUGAAUGAAAUAUUAAUAUUCCUAAUCCUAUGUCAGUUUUUGGGGUUGACUAAGCGCAUUAUAUUCAGGAUUUAAAGAUGCAGGCAAGAGAGAGGAUGAAAAAAAUGUAAGGAAAAGAAGGAUAAACAAUCCUCCUGGAUCAUGCCAUUUGACUUAAUUAGAAAGCGUACAAUUGGACUGUCUUUGUAGAGAGAGAAACAUGCAGAGUUAGAGCCACAGAUCGGACUUGAACCGCUCACUUGGAGGACUAUAGCCUCCGACCCAACCGCUAGGCCAUCAGUGUCCAACCUGCUUAAAUAAUGUAAUGGUAGGCUAUUACAAUUUACACCAAGAUCACUAAUACACUUGUGGAUUAUAACCGAUAACCCAUUAUCUUUAGCUGCUGGAUAUCUUUGUGGAAGUCAAUA